GCUGUGGCGUACAAACAUCACCAGGGACAGAAGUGCCGGAGGUUUGAGAAGCGGUGUUUAUUCGUUAGAUUCUUCUUCCCUGAGUAUAAGCAGUGAUUAGGAAAAGUUUCCUUUGCCUCUGGGCUCCCGGACCUUUUUUUUCACAUGUUUGGGAGCGUUCUGGUGCCUGUUUUGCCUCCCGAGCACACAGACACGCUGCCUCGCGUGCAGAGAUUUCCCAAGAGAAUGAGCUCGGUGUCACAGCGCAGCUGAAGAAGUUGCUGCAGUCCUGUGCUGGAGCAGCAGCUGCUUUCCUCCGUGAUGUCUCCCGGGUGCCGGGCCCGGGACAGCGGGGCCCAGAGCUGCCAUGACGACAGGCGACUGCUGCCACCUCCCCGGCUCCCUCUGCGACUGCCCGGGAAGUGCUGCCCUGUCCAAGUCUGUGGAGGAGUCGGACAUGGGCCGCCCUCAGUACAUCACCCAGGUCACGGCCAAGGACGGCCGGCUCCUCUCCACCGUGAUCAAGGCGCUGGGCGCCCAGAGUGAUGGUCCCAUCUGUCGAAUCUGUCAUGAAGGUGGAAAUGGGGAGGGACUGCUUUCCCCAUGUGACUGCACAGGAACACUGGGCACCGUGCACAAGAGCUGCCUGGAAAAAUGGUUAUCCUCCUCCAACACAAGUUACUGUGAGCUCUGCCACACAGAAUUUGUUGUAGAAAGAAGACCAAGACCCUUGACAGAGUGGCUGAAGGACCCCGGGCCCCGCAAUGAGAAGAGGACGCUGUUCUGUGACAUGGUGUGUUUCCUGUUCAUCACUCCCCUGGCGGCCAUCUCGGGCUGGCUGUGUCUGCGAGGCGCCCAGGACCACCUGCAGUUCAACAGCCGCCUGGAGGCCAUCGGACUCAUAGCACUCACUAUAGCACUUUUCACCAUCUACGUCCUCUGGACACUGGUCUCGUUCCGCUACCACUGCCAGCUGUACUCGGAGUGGCGAAGGACCAACCAGAAGGUCCGGCUGAUGAUCCCGGCCUCGCGGAGCCCUCACCCCGUGCCCCACUCCCUGCUCUCCGCCAAGCUCAUGAAGAAGGCCGCGGAUGAGACCACGGUCUGAGCCGUCCCGCAGGCGGCCACGGCGGAGGGUCGGGCAUCCUCACAGGCCCAGGGACCGUGGCAGCUGUGGGGGGACUGGAAAACAAUCAUCCCACCCAAAGGCACUCUGUGCUCAGCACGUGCUUUAGACCUUGGCAAAGAGACACAUAAUCAACAUCUGUGGGGGAAAUGGCCCAAAAGAGCCUGAUGGCAGAAAAUGCCUGUCUGCAGGGACACUUUCCUAUAAUGAAAUACCAUACAUGGAAAACAUCUCCCUCUCUCUCUCUAUAUAUAUAUAUAUCUAUAUAUAAUAUUAUUUUUUAAUGGCCAUGCAUAUUGUGUUACAGUCCUUUUGUGUUGAUGUUCUAAAGCUUCAGGAUAGAAGCUGGCAAUCUGAUCUCAUUCAGAGGUUAAAUCAAUGCCUUUUCUCCAAAUGAGCAUAUGAGGAACACUUUCCAUCAACCAUUCUUGAAAGUCCCCUUCUCCUUUGCACUAAAUUGGUUUUGAUAUACUACAGCAGCCUUCCCGUUACUCUUUGGUCUCUUUUGUGGUGUUCUGUCCUUUCUAGAAAGUUAAGUGUUUUUAAUAAUUAUUAUAAUCCCAGAAGGAGUAAAAUGACAUAAUACUGAAUGGAGACAUUUUGUAUUGUAAAGUACUGUAAUUUUGAGAAUUUCAAAAUCA